AUGGCCGAGUCUACGAACGCGGUCGUCUCUGGCAGCAAAGAGGAGACGGCGGACAAGAUGAGCCUGCACCGAGCAGUAAUGCGCGGCACUGGCUUCUGGGACUGGAUGAGAGGCAUUGAUCCCGCCAUCAACAUGACCUCAGGGCUGGUAGCCAUGUCCAUGACACGACAACCACUGCCAAAACUGCGCGAGCUUCCUGUCGUCAACUUUCUGGACAUCGAUGACGCCAAUUAUGUGAAUGCGUUGCUUCACGAGGCCCUUCCCAAAGACCAAGUUAGCUUAAAGGGCUACUUGAGCCAUCGCCCUCUCGGACUUGGUAUGAUAACUGCUGGACCUGGCUUUGGCAAGACCACAGCCAUCGCCACUGCAACACUGUGCAUGCAGGCCAAACUAGACCGCAUCUUCUGUUCUGCACCAACAAACGUGGCCGUCGACAAUUUCGCCGACCGCCUGGAUCAGACAACAAGCAGUGUUUGCAAGCGCUACAAUACCGGCAAACAACAAGAAGAUCCGACUCGUAUGCGACACAGGCUAGUAGUCCGCGCAUACAGGAUGCAAGACGAGUUUGCCGCCGUCAUGCACCUCCUCCGUUAUCCAAUCCCCGAAAGCGAUCGUCCGCGAAUACCCAUCGCAAAGACCUCAAAAUGGCGACUCCACCUCUCGAUCUCGUCUUGGUUGCUAGCCGUGCUCGGCUCGCGGGCGGUCGGUGUCAGGGAACUCACACCUGACGACAGCGAGGGAUUGUUCAGACUGCGAGCAAGCAUCGAAGAAAGGCCACAGUACUCUAACCUUCUCGCCGCUGCCAAGGAUCAAAUAGGCUGGGAUGACUAUGUCCUUUCGGGCGUUUUGCACAAGGACGCCGGGCAUACACUUCUCAAGGCCAUCAUUGAAGCGGCCGAUAUCAUUUGCACAACCCCUUCCAUGGCUACCGAUGACGUCUGUAGGGAAUGGAGGACAAGUGUGGCACGUGGAAUCGCCAUCGAUGAAGCGGCGAGCAUGACCCGCGCCGAUAUCGCCUGUGUCUGGGGCAACUCUCUACUUCCUUGCUUCCUCGCUGGCGACGAUAAACAGCUCCCUCCCGCCAUCAUGACGGGCGACGAACAUGACUCGGAGGGCAACAUUUUCCACAGAUUCGUUGCCGACGGCAAACUGUCAGCGCUCGAGUACCUCAUGGGAACCGACCUGCCCGUCUACCGUCUCAAGACCCAGCUGCGCAUGGGAUGCGGCUUAUUUGACGUGGUCGCGAAGGAGAUAUACCCCGAGGUUCCCUUUACCUACGAUACGUGCUGCAACGUCAAUCUCGACAAGUUUGCUGUUGGCCGGGACCUCGAGUCGUAUGCUCGAGAAAAGUAUCCCACCCUUGUUCCUGCUCCGUCUGGCACCCUUCAGCCUAUUUUUGUACACUGCGAAGGGUCCUCGGUCCUCGACAAGUUUACCGGGUCAAAGUAUAGCAGGGAUCAGAUCAAGAUCGCCCUCGACUUUGCCGUCGACCUCCUCAAGUUCCGACCCGGCAUCACGUCUUCCAAUCUCGUGCUCCUGACACCCUACCUCAGCAACGUCGCCCUCAUCGCCGCCAUGCGCAAGUCGCCAGAGUAUGCGGCAUCGCUGAUCAAUACGCGCCCAGCAUCAACCAUUGACGGAUUUCAGGGCCAGGAGGGAGAUAUUGUUCUUGUGGUCAUGAGCACGAAUCGGCAGUCGGGGCCCGGCUUUCUUUGCGAGGCGGCGCGUCUCAAUCUCGUCCUGACGCUUCAGAGGUCCGGCCUGGUCAUCUUUGGUGACCUGACAAUUGCCGUCCCGAUUGCCAUAGUGGCAGCAGAGCUAGGGGCCCCACCGAGUGAGGACAACAGUAUCGACAAGAAGGGCAAGCGCAAGCGCAAAGGCAAGGAUGAUCUCCCCAUACGGGUGUAUCACUCCGAUGGGAGUGUUGGCUUCAGCAAGGCGACUGUCUUGCGUAAUGUUUUCAGAACCCUGAGCACAGCAGGGCGUUUCGUCACUAUCAAGGCAAUGAAGCUGGAGAAGGCAUAG